GGUGAGUUAACUGAACCAUCUCUUCCGGCUCUACCAGGCCUCUGAAGAACUAGGAAGACAUAACAGCCUUCAAUCAGUCGGUUCGAACCCAGCAAAGUGCUACCUUGGAUAUUGGCAUAUCUGAAGAAUUAAAUGUCACCUCUGAAAUGUUGAAACAGCAUCAUCCCAUACACUCACUCUAUUCCAUCCUGUUUUUUGCUUCCGAGAUCAAGAUGUAUUUCCUGGAUGUGUUGAAUUUAAAUGAUGGUGCAAUUUAAACAAUCAUCUAGGAUUUGGAUUUCUCUUUGGGAGAUUGAAGUCAUUAAUAUUUUAUUUCUAGGUUUCCAGGAUGUCCAUACCAUGAUCUUCAUCGGUUUUGGUUUUCUGAUGACCUUCCUACAACGCUAUGGAUUCAGCAGCAUUGGCUUCAACUUUCUCCUCUCAGCCUUUUCUUUGCAGUGGUCCACUCUGGUCCAGGGUUUCCUCCACUCCUUUCAUGAAGGCAAGAUCUACAUUGGUAUGGAAAGCAUGAUCAAUGCUGAUUUCUGCACUGGAGCUGUUCUGAUUUCAUUUGGGGCCGUGUUGGGCAAGACAAGCCCUGUACAGCUGCUGCUCAUGUCUCUACUGGAGGUGACACUGUUUGGGAUCAAUGAAUUCAUCCUCCUCAAUCUUCUUGGGGUGAAAGAUGCUGGGGGCUCCAUGACCAUCCACACCUUUGGUGCCUACUUUGGGCUUGUUCUCUCCAGAGUUCUUUACCGAUCGCAACUGGGCAAGAGCAAACACCGGGAAGGCUCUGUGUAUCACUCAGACCUCUUUGCUAUGAUUGGAACCAUCUUCCUGUGGAUCUUUUGGCCAAGCUUCAAUUCAGCCCUUACUCAUACUGGGGAUGGUCAGCACCGAACAGCCCUCAACACAUACUACUCCCUGGGGGCCAGCACCUUGAGUACUUUUGCCUUAUCAGCCCUCCUAAACAGAGAGGGAAAGUUGGACAUGGUCCACAUUCAGAAUGCAGCACUGGCAGGUGGGGUGGUUGUGGGGACUUCUGCAGAAAUGAUGAUUACACCUUUUGGGGCUCUGGUUGCUGGAUUCCUGGCUGGGACCAUCUCCACUCUGGGAUACAAAUUCCUCAUGCCCAUCCUUGAGUCAAAGUUCAAAGUCCAAGACACAUGUGGAGUCCAUAAUCUCCAUGGGAUGCCUGGGGUCCUGGGAGCCCUCCUUGGUGCUCUUGUGGCUGCGUUGGCCACCCAUCAAAUCUAUGGAGAAGGAUUGGAAAAGAUAUUCCCCUUGGUUGCUAAAGGCCAUCGAAGUGCAACAUCCCAGGCUGUAUAUCAACUUUUGGGGCUCUUUGUCACCCUGGUGUUGGCUGCCUUGGGUGGAGGAAUUGGAGGACUUCUGCUGAAGCUCCCCUGCCUGAGUUCCCCUCCUGAUUCCCAGUGUUAUGAGGACCAAAUCUAUUGGGAGGUUCCUCUUGAACAUGAAGAUGAAGUCCACGGACACUUGAGGUCUGAGGAUACAGAGACUCAGGCCUAAACAGUGAACCUUUGCAAGACUUAUCAUUCUUGUUUGGGGGAUAGGGACUCCUAUGGGGCCUCUCUGAGGGAUGAUGAGGAUGCAUUAUGACUCUUGAAUAUGGGAGAGGCUCACCUCUUUUGUUGGGAAGUUCUUUGAUCUCUCUUGCUGCAAACAGAAAUAUUCACCAAUUAACAGCAGUUCUUGACUGAGAAGAAUUUCAGGGACUGGGCCAGAAAACCUACUAUGGGAGGGAUACAGGCAGAAAUGAGACAAAAGGCAGGGAGAAUGGGUGUGAAAAGAGUAGGCAGGAGAGAAAGGGCUGUGAAGGAUGGUUGUACCUUUGGGCGGGGUGGAGUCAUCAUAGGGCAGGUAGGAGUGCAGGGGGAUGACAUGUCCAUGGGAUGAUAAACACCCCUCCCCCUGAUUUAUCUGUCCUUCUAGUCUAUUUGCUUAGACCUUAGAGACUGAUUUAUUUAUCCCCUGUCACAGAAACACAUUAAAUGUUUAACCUGAGACUACUGAAGACUGAGACUAUGAAGGCGAUUAAAUCCCACAUCUUUUGUACAUAUCUGUCACUUCUCCUUAUUCAAUUGAAUCUUGGAAGGCCUUCCCAUGACCUAACCUCCUUCCAUUCUGCUGAAACGCCAUAUUCCCUAAUGUGACAACAAAGUCCAUUUGCUAUGAAAUGAAUGAUAUCGAAAAUGGAGCCCCAGGAGAUGCCAGACUGGAUUCAUGGACCCAAUUGCUUGACUGAACUGACCCCUAACCUGAUUGAAGUCCCUUUCCCUUGGUGGGGAGAAUGAAUGGGACAUUAUGCAGACAUUGGAAAUGCAGAGAUAUUCCAGGAGUGGGGUGGGGGGAAGGACUGAGUGGGGAGGAAAGGCCUAAAGGCCACAGAGGCCCCUUCUCGGAAAUCUCUGCUACAUCACUGACCCAUAGUGGUCACUAGAGGGAGCGCCGAGGCAGGCAGAGGAGGACAUCAAGCUGAGGUCCAGGCCCAGCUCCCUUUCCAAAAGUCAUUCCGGGCUUCCUCUGCCUCCACAAAGAAGGCUACAUUCAAAUUCCAGCCCAGAUGGAUGAGAACAUGGGAGCCAGCUCUUCCUUUCAUUCCCUUGUUUCAUUGUGUCUCCCUUUGGAAAAUGUGUCCUACCAACUCAACUCCAUCCUGUCUUUUCAAUUUAAUUCAAUAAACACUUAUUAGGUGCCCACUGGCA